UUAAAGCAGUUUGUUGUCUAAAGCUAAAAAAAUCAUAAAUUAAGGAAUAUAUUUAACCAAAAAUCUUUGCCAGCGGAGUUAUUUUAUCAAGCUUAACGUGUAGUCUAUAGGAUUAUCUAUGGUAUUUCGUAAAUAAAUAUCUCGCUGUUUUAUUUCCGAUAUUCCGAUUUAUAAGCCACGUAAAAUUCCCGUUACUCACACUCGCAGGCAGCAAAGCGAACGUUUUCUAAAGUGCACACAGGCUCCACCUAGCGAAGCUUGACAGCCGACAACUGAUGUGUGCACGCAAGCGGACGGAGGGCAAUCUUUGCCGUCGCCAUAAAAGUGGCUGCAGUGCAAACCAAUAUAAACUGUGUGAACCGGAUGAGGAGUGCAUCCGACUUAAGGAUUGCCGACCCAUAUAUUACAAUGUGAGGAGAAACAGAUUGUCGGGGUCCGCAAAAGUGAAUAUAUCGCAGACAAGAAUGUGUGGCGUGAGUGUUCGAGACCGGAAACGUUACAAAAGGAUUUAUAUCUGCUGUCCCAAGCCGGCAAACACCUUGCCAAGCUAUCCGGAUUGUGGGAAGCCACAAACGACUAACCGUGUUAUAGGCGGCACGGAGCCGAAUCUCAACGAAUAUCCGUGGCUGGCCAUGCUUCUAUAUCGAAAUCGUAGUGCCUUCAACCCGGAUCGGGAGCUAGUCCCCAGUUGUGGUGGCUCCCUGAUUAACACUCGCUAUGUCCUGACCGCAGCCCACUGUGUAACCGAUACGGUCUUGCAAAUCCAACGCGUCCGCCUGGGCGAGCACACAACGUCCCAUAACCCGGACUGCAUCAGCCGGGGCGCACGAAUCGUUUGCGCUCCCACACAUCUGGACAUCGACGUGGAGUCGAUCACAUCGCAUAAUGACUACGAUCCAGCCAAUUACACCUUUCGGAACGACAUCGCCCUGGUGCGACUCAAAGAGCCAGUGCGAUAUACGAUGGCUUACUAUCCGAUUUGCGUUCUGGACUACCCAAGGUCACUGAUGAAAUUCAAGAUGUACGUGGCUGGAUGGGGAAAAACGGGCAUGUUCGACACUGGGAGCAAGGUGCUGAAACACGCUGCCGUCAAGGUAAGGAAACCAGAAGAGUGCUCGGAAAAGUACGCACACCGGCAUUUCGGGCCCAGAUUCCAGAUAUGCGCCGGCGGCUUGGAUAACCGGGGCACCUGCGACGGCGACUCCGGCAGUCCAUUGAUGGGCACAUCGGGUCGCAGCUACGAGACAAUCACGUUCCUGGCCGGCAUCACUUCAUACGGAGGUCCUUGCGGCACGAUUGGCUGGCCGAGUGUUUUCACACGAACGGCGAAGUUUUACAAAUGGAUACGGGCACACUUAAGGCCCUAGAAACUGUUGAACAUACUAAUAUAAUGUUGACCAAAUAUAUAUACACCAAAAUAU